CCCUCAUACCCACCUCGUGACUUUUGACUCCCAAUUUGAUUAGAUCAAAAUCACACACAAAUCUCUGGUUUUGAAUAUCAGGAUUCCGAUCACCAUUCAUCCCAGCAGGCCUCAAUGAUGAUGGCAGCGACCAAAGCCGCGCCAAUCCGGCUUUUCGUCGCGGCUCUGAUCGUCGCCGCAGCUGCGGCGGCGGACACUUACACCAACCAUACAGUGGGCGGCGACGCCGGCUGGUUCUUCAACUCCACCGCCAAUAAAACUUCCGCUGAUUACACUGCUUGGGCUGCUAAUACCACAUUCAAUCUCGGAGACUAUCUCAUUUUCAACACAAACACAAACCAAACUGUGAUCCAAACCUACAACAAGACGACGUACAGUAGCUGCAUAACCGAUGAUGCCUUGGACAGCGAUACGUUUCAGUAUGAUGGUGGAAGAAACGAGUUUGGAACCGAAAUGACCAUAUCUGUGCCGCUGACCAUUGAAGGGACCCAAUACUACUUCUCGGACGCUGAUGAUGGGGAGCAAUGCGAACAGAGGAUGGCCUUCGAGAUCAAAGUGGGGCAUGGGCUGGGGCUCCCACCGAGCCUCAACCAACCACCUCCUCCGGCCUAUGUUCCGCCACCGGGCUCAGCAAAUGACGAGGGGGAGUCGCCACCUGCAGGUACGGUGGCGAACACUCCUCCUUCCUCCAAUUAUGCUGUCAUGACUGGUGGUAGCUUCUUUGUUUCUGUGGUUGUUGUUUUGAUCUCCUUGGUGGGAUGUUGAUGGUAUAGACUAUAGAUAUUCAAGAUUUUUAUUAGAUUUCAGGGUCUUUGAAUAAAUUUUUGGUUUUGUUGUUUGAACACACACAGUAGAAGAGAAGAAGAUGAUCAACUUUGUUGCA